GUCCAACGCUUAACGAUAGAAGUUACGAAGUUUCAUAAAUAUAUCUCAGAUGGGCCUACCUAUAACGAUUAAAAACUUUUGUUGACACUAACCUGAUAAAAGAGUAGUGUAUGGAAGAUAAACUAGACACUUUUCGAAGCAUUCCCAUCCAAUACGGAUUAAAAAAAAUAGUGGGUGAGUAUCAAGAGUUAUUUAACCAGUUUCUUAGCUCAUUAGAUUCGCUGAAACCAGAGUCCAGCCUUGAUGUUCUGACCAAAAUAUUUGAAAAAGACGAAGAACUAAAUAUAGGACUAAGAACAUUAGUUGAACAUCAAAGAUUCCAAAGCCAUAUAAAUUAUUUGGAAGAAUUAAUUAAGCGGGUAGAUAAAGCAUUAGUAGAUGUUUUGUCCGUUUUAAAAAAAGUUGAGAACAAUUUAGAGCAGGUUGUGGAGAAGAGCAAAAAGCAUCGCACCUUUUUUGAAAAUAAAAGGGAAGUUCCCGUAAAUAAUAUUAUAAAGUAUGCGGGCCUACUCGCCUACUCUGUUGCCCCUCCUCCCCGCUGGAAUUCGGCUUACGAACUUCAUCCUUUUAGCAGGCCAUAUCCUUCAGAGUUAGACAAAUUACACUCCCAAUUAUCUCGUUUAGAUGCCAUACAAGAAGAUACUGCACUUAAACGGGAAACACAAAUUUCUUCGUUUGAAAGGAAAAAUUCGAAUCUCGAAAAAGUGGAACCCCACGAGAUUUCGUGUGCUGUUGGAAGUGAAUCGGAGACUGAUGUCUCCUUCUUUUCAGAAGAAGAUUAAUUAGUUCUUCAAG